GCGAAUGUGCGGCUCUUGGGGGCACUCGCGCGAAAAACGUCGAGGUGAAGUUCACUUAACCUCGUGACUUACAAGCUGAAACUGGCCCGAAUUUACCGGAUAAGAAGGCGUUCCAGGAACUGGAAGCCCACUGACCUGUGUGGCAAGAUGUCCUGCGAGCGUUCAUAAAUGAGAAAACUGAGGCUCAGAGAGGUGGCGACCUGCCCAGGGUCAAUAAGAGAUUUGACUCAAGCACCUGACUCCAGAUCUGGCUGGAACUGGAGGCAGGUGGAGAAGAAGUCUUGCUCAGAAAACUGCAGAAGAACCUAAUCUGGCCCAGGCCAUAUUAUACCAGCAGGUCCUGGAGUGGCAAACUCACCUACUCUCCUGGUCGUGAUGUCUCGGGAGGAGGAUGUGGAGUGUCAGCGGUCCACCAGUGGCACCCCCACCCAGUCCCAGGGAGCUGCCUCCCAGUCCCUGGGCACCCCCUCUCAGUCCCACGGUACUGCCUCCCAGCUCCAGGGCACAUCCAGCUCCUCUUCCAGCACUGUGCCUACAUCCAGCCAGUCCUCGCACUCCAGCUCGGGGACCCUGAGUUCUGUAGACACAGUGUCUACUCAGGAACUCUAUUCUAUCCCUGAGGACCAAGAACCGGAGGAGCCAGUCCCUGCCCCUUGGGCACGGUUAUGGGCCCUCCAGGAUGGAUUCACCAAUCUUGAAUGUGUUAACGACAGCUACUGGUUUGGGAGGGACAGAAGCUGUGAAUAUUGCUUUGAUGAGCCAUUGCUGAAGAGAACAGAUAAAUACCGGACGUAUAGCAAGAAGCACUUUCGGAUUUUCAGAGAAAUGGGUCCUAAAAACUCUUACAUCGCAUACAUAGAAGAUCACAGUGGGAACGGAACCUUUGUAAAUAGAGAGCUUGUAGGGAAAGGAAGACGCCUUCCUUUGAAUAACAAUUCUGAAAUUGCACUUUCAGUGUGGAAUAAUAAAGUUUUUGUAUUUUUUGAUCUGACCGUGGAUGAUCAGUCAAUUUAUCCUAAGGAAUUAAGAGAUGAAUACAUCAUGUCAAAAACUCUUGGAAGUGGUGCUUGUGGAGAGGUGAAGCUGGCUUUUGAGAGGAAAACAUGUAAGAAAGUAGCUGUAAAGAUCAUCAGCAAAAGGAAGUUUGCAAUUGGCUCUGCAAGAGAGACAGAUCCUGCUCUCAACGUUGAAACAGAAAUAGAAAUUUUGAAAAAACUAAAUCAUCCUUGCAUCAUCAAGAUUAAAGACUUUUUUGAUGCAGAAGAUUAUUACAUUGUUUUGGAAUUGAUGGAAGGAGGAGAGUUGUUUGACAGGGUGGUGGGGAAUAGGCGCCUGAAAGAAGCUACCUGCAAACUCUUUUACCAGAUGCUCCUGGCUGUACAGUACCUUCAUGAAAAUGGCAUAAUACAUCGAGACUUAAAGCCAGAAAAUGUUCUACUCUCAUCUCAAAAAGAGGACUGUCUUAUAAAGAUUACUGAUUUUGGGCAGUCCAAGAUUUUGGGGGAGACUUCUCUCAUGAGAACUUUAUGUGGUACCCCCACCUACCUGGCUCCUGAAGUUCUUGUUUCCUUUGGGACUGCUGGGUAUAACCGUGCUGUGGACUGCUGGAGUUUAGGAGUUAUUCUUUUUUAUUUGCCUUAGUGGGAUCCACCUUUCUCUGAGCAUAAGACUCAAGUGUCACUGAAGGAUCAGAUCACCCAGUGGAAAAAUACAACUUCAUUUCCUGAAGUCUGGGCAGAGGUCUCAGAGAAGGCUCUGGACCUCGUCAAGAAGUUGUUGGUCGUAGAUCCAAAGGGACGUUUUACAACAGAAGAAGCCUUACGACACCCGUGGCUUCAGGAUGAGGACAUGAAGAAAAAGUUUGAGGAUCUGCUUUUGGUGGAAAAUAAGUCUAUGGCUCUACCCCAGCCUUCCACUAGUCGGAAGCGGCCCCUGGAAGGGGAAACGGAGGAUGCUGGCCCCACGAAGCACUUGACCGUGUGUGCUGCUGUCUCGUAAACUCUGCAGUGUGAACACUGAAAGAAGUGUGUCUUCUAGAACUCUGCUGCCAUUUUCUUCAAAUCUGUUUUUUAUAGCUUGUAUUUUAAUUAUGGGAACAAUUACUUUUCCACAAUCAUUGAUACACAAUUAAAAACCUAAUGGA